AUGGAUUUUGUGGAAGAUGAAGACAUGUUCGGAGUAAGCGAUGACGAGCCGGGGGCUAAUAAAGAAGUAUCUUGUAGUAAUAACCCCAUAGACGAUCAUUUGAUGAAACAGUUAAAUGACGUCAAAGAUUGUAUCGCAAAUGUCACAAAUGAAACGGAAAAUGUGCAAUCUCUCGGUGAUAAAAUUGUUAAGAAGCUUUACAGAAAAUGUCAGUACGUUAUUGACAGCGAAAGUUCUGAUGAUGAUGAUGAGCUUUAUGAUGCUAAUAAUGAACCAGUUAUCAAGAGGAAAAAAAUGACCAAAGAUUUUCAGGAGCCGUUGAUCGUCACUGAUGUUUGGCAAAGGAUUAUUGAUGACAAGUGGGUGAUAGGAGUUAAUCUUGAAAAUAAUUCUAAAAGGUAA